AUGGUAGCUGCAGUGGCAGUGGCAGGGUCCGCGCGCGCUCGCGCGCGCGCGCGCGUACGAGUUCUUGACCCGGUAGUGAAGGCUGAGAGAGAGGCAGGCUGGGUCCGCCUGGCAGCCUACGAGAGGAGGCGGGAGCGAGAAAGGAGGGGAGCCGAGGCCCGGCGUGGGGAGGCCGGCAGGAAGGGCUGCGAGCCCAAAGCGGACCUUUCUUCAGCCUCCCGGCGGCCGAACGCAGCGCUAGGCUGCUGCGCUACAGGCUUCGUCUCCCACGUUUCAGUCAGACCCGUCUCAGAGUUCUCAGAAUUCCUCUCAGAGGAGAGUAAAGUUAGAACUGCAGGCUGGUUUUCCUGUCAGCGCCCGUACCUCGGGUGCAGAAGGGAACUUAGCGGAGGGUUGUCUGGUGAAAGGCGUUCCAGGCACCGCGGGGCAGGGGCUUCACUUUUCCGAGUUGUUAGAAGCGGGAAGCAGUGGGGUGGGGGCAGCCGCGGCGAGCAGUCUCCUCAGAGAACUGGGCAGUUUCACGCGGGAUCUGCGGCGAGACCGCGGGGCACGCCCUCGUCGCGCGCGCCCUCAGAGCCGGGCUGGGACGAGGGGAAACUCUCCGCUGCCCUGAGGAGACCACCUCCUGCUACACUGAAGGAGAAGGAGGUUCGGAGGGCGACAAGAGCGGCAGAACCGGGGCUGAAACUCAGUUCGCUGGUUCGCCACCAGGCUUCUUUACCUUCAGCAAGUUUGCAGCCGGGAGGUCUGCUGCAGCCAGAACCUCUCUUCCCGUGGCAGGCCACUGCUGACCCAUGCCUCCACAGGAGACAUUCAGACACUCAAAGGAGGUCUCACUCAGUCUCUUGUGGAGACUUUCCCUGGAUUCUGGUGCACACGAGGUUUUGUUUGCACCCUCCGAGCAUCUCUGUCUACAGCACAGCUGAAGAGGGAGCAACCACCUUACCUUCAUGUUGGACAAGCUUGAAGAUAAGAACUUCCCUGUGUGGAUGAUGGAAAAAAAUGAUAGAAGGGGCCCAAAUUCCCUUCACUAAUACUUGUUGAUAUGUGAAGAAAAAUAAAAUGCUAUUACAAAGUUAA